CUCAGGUUCUUGCGGUGAACAGGUGCACGAAGUACGAGAGUAUCUACACCACACAGGGUCACGCUUGGACAAACCAGUGUGGCGGUAAUAAUUCUGUGAUCCAACGGCAGGGUUGCACCUGCGGGUGCACCUGCAGGUGGACCCCCACCCUCACCUGCACUCAAGAAACCCCAACAAACCCUUUUCGGCCUAACUACUUCCAUAAUAGCGUCACUUCUCCCGAAGAAAGAAAGCACACCUGCAUCAUCGCCUUUUUCCAAGUUUCCACGAGUCCACGACGUUGUGUUAUAUCUUCAAGCAUCCAGACUCUCAUGUCACCCGUUGAUAAAUUUCAAUUGUCAAUGGCUGUAUGAAAUCAUAGAAGUCUGAUAAUUUCACCCGCUUUUUCGCUUAAUCUGACAAAAAACUCAUCUUCACUUCAGAGCUUGAAUGGUUGAAAACUCUCAUAUCAACACCCUGGUCAACCUGUUUGCAAGAGAUCAAUAUGUCAGUCAUCGACACCUCAAAAGAUUUGUCCGCACUUCUUUUUGAACAGACAAAGGCUACGCCAGAUGCAAUUGCAUUAGAAGGAAACCGAAUCAACAAUCGUGACCGAGCAACAUGGACCUAUCAAGAACUGGACACCAGAAUCAAUGAAGUCGCCAAUCGACUUCGCGCUCAUGGCGUUGGCCGUGAUACCCUGGUUGGGGUUUUGAUGGGACGAAGUGCCGAUUAUGUGAUUGCUUGUCUUGCGGCUCUGCGUGCAGGUGGAGCAUUCCUGGUUCUUGAACUUGCAUAUCCACCUACCCUUUUGGCCGACGUGAUUGAAGAUGCGAAACCCUUGGUCAUACUCACACAUAUUGGUCAUGCUGGUCAAAUCAAAGCUAAUAUCCCGCUCAUUCUUCUCAACGAGCCCGAAUCUGAGGAAGGAAUUAAGAGAGCACGAAGACCUUCCAAGCCAGCCCCGGCUGAGGAUGACUUGGAUCGACUCGCUUUUGUAUGCUACUCGUCCGGUACAACGGGUCGUCCAAAAGGAAUUCUGAAUCCGCACAGAGCACCAGUACGUUCUUAUGAUCUGAGAUUCCGUCUCAGUGACCUCAAACCUGGAGAUAGAGUCGCUUGCAAUGUCUACUUCAUUUGGGAAAUUAUUCGACCACUUCUUCGAGGAGCAACAAUUAUUGUCGUACCUGAUGAGGCAAGCUAUGAUCCAGUCGCCCUUGUCGAUGUUCUCAAGGAACGACGAAUUACUGAGACUCUCAUGACACCAACACUUGUCGCUGCAGUCCUCUCUCGACACCCAAACCUUGGCGAAGAUCUUCCAGGACUACGUACGUUAUGGUUUAAUGGUGAGGUUGUCACCACUGAUCUAGCGCGCCGUGCUAUGAAAGCACUUCCUAAGACACGGCUGCUCAAUUGUUACAGUGCAAGCGAGUCACAUGAAAUUGCUUGUGGGGAUAUUCGAGAAGUCAUUGACUACGAUGUUCCUUACUGUCCUGUUGGACCACCGGUUGAUCCAGAGCAUACUUAUAUUCUUGGAGAGGACGGAGAAAAGGUAAAACCCGGUGUCAGCGGGGAAUUGUUUGUCGGUGGACAUCUUCUCGCUCGUGGAUAUCUCAAUCUUCCCGAAACCACAGCCAAGUCAUUUCUGCCAGAUCCUUUUGAUCCACAACCAGGAGCCCGCAUGUAUAAGACAGGAGAUUUAGCGAGACUGCUCCAUUCCGGGUACCUCGAAAUCACUGGUCGGGUGGGUGCUAUGAUUAAGGUUCGAGGUUACUCCAUCGUUCCAGGAAAGGUGGAAAAUGCCAUAAUCAAGGAAUUGGCUGUACGGCGGGCCGCUGUUGUCGCUCACGGUGAUGGCCUCGAACGACAGCUGGUCGCUUAUGUUGUUGCUGAUAAAGAUGAACCUGGAGAUCGCACACCUCUUACCAUUGAUGAGUCCGGAUACAGUCCAGUUUGUCGAAAGGCUAUGUUGAAGAGUUUAGCCCAAUACAUGAUCCCUGCGCUAUGGGUUGAACUCGACGAUAUGCCAACUCAUGCAGUUUCAGGAAAGAUUGAGUGAGUAUAUGAAUAUACCCUUGCCAGGAACGCUGUGAAUGAGAAUUUACCAUUAUAGUGUUUUUAUGCCUUCCAAGUCAUUUUCAUUGAUAGAGUACUAACUUCUCUACUUUCCAGUGUCCGUCGGCUUCCUCCCCCAAAGCCUGUGAAGUCACGAAGUGCCAUCAAGAGUGAGUCUGGAGCUGAAUUAGCUUUCACCAUUCCGGCAAUGAUAGAGCAAUGGGCUGCAUCCCUCAAAGUUCCCACAAGUGCCAUCACGGAAGAACAUUCUUUUUUCGACCUCGGUGGCCACUCUUUAACACUCGCUGAACUUGCUGCACGAUUGACAAAAACCUAUGGGUUCAACAUUUCUGUGGCAAGUCUCGUUACCAAACCAACUCUUGGAGGUCAUCUUGAAGUUUUACAAUCUGCUCAUGAUGGCCAUACCGCAGCAGUACAAGCAGAUUUACCGGCAGUCUUGCGCGCUGACUCCAUUCUUCCUAAAGACAUCCAACCUUCUGGUGCUAAGUUAUGCACCCUUCGCGACGCCGAGACAGUUCUACUGACUGGCACUACCGGUUUCUUGGGGGCAUUCUUGCUUGCCGAACUCUUGCAAAGUACGUCAGCUCGAAUAUUGUGCCUUGUUCGCUUUAAGGACCCCACAGGUGAUAACCACGGAGCGGCUAUUGCUAGAAUUCGGCGAAACCUCCUAGAAUUAGGGCUUUGGCAGGAUAGCAUUUUAGAUCGCAUUGAGGUGGUGCCGGGCAACCUUGCCAGCCCAAAUCUCGGACUAUCGAAGACCGAGUUUGAAGAGCUCGGGGAAAGUGUUCAGGUCAUUAUUCACGCUGCCGCCACAGUCAAUCUGGUUUAUCCGUACGCUGCAUUACAAGCACCUAAUGUAGCAGGAACUAGAGAGAUCAUCCGCCUAGCAUGCAAUGGCGGAGCCACUUUGCAAUAUGUUUCCACAAAUGGUGUACUUCCACCCUCGCAAAAAGGCUGGCCUGAAGAUACAACUCUCGAUGUGGAUGACGUGCCAAGCAAGCUUGCUGAUGGAUAUGGCCAGACCAAGUGGGUAGCAGAACAACUCGUGUUCGAGGCUAGCUGUCGUGGCUUGCCAGUCAGAAUCAUCCGACCUGGCACCAUCAGUGGACACAGUACCUUGGGUUCCUCAAAUCCUUACGAUCUUCUCAAUGCAAUUAUUGUGGAAUCGCUUCACCUCGGCUACGCCCCUGACAUUGAAAGCUGGCUUGCCGAGAUGACCCCAGUAGAUUUUGUCAGCAAGGCAAUUCUUGCACUAGCGAAUUCCAACGAUAAUCAAAUCGUAUAUCAUCUUGGUGAUCCCAAGCCUGUUGACACCAGGAAGCUUUUCGAUGAUCUUGGAGAAUUGGGAUAUCCCACCAAGAAGCUUGGCUGGGAAGAGUGGGUAACUCUCUGGAACGAGAAGAGAAGCACCACGAAGGGAGGCGAAGGAGCUUUUACAGUUGACAUACUUCGUGGUGGUAUGCCCACUGUUGAUUUUAUGAAAUGUGUCAUCGUGCUCAAUGAUAGCAAGACAACUCCUGCUCUUGAGACUCUUCAACGUCCCAAAAUCGAUCUUCACCUGCUUGAAAUUUACUUACGUCAUUGGUACGCCAGAGGAUGGCUUCCUAGAGCACCCAAGUAUCUCCAGAACGGGUUCGCCAAAAAUGGCAUCGCCAAGAGAGGUCGAUUAAGUGGAAAGGUAGCUGUGAUCACUGGAGCAAGUUCUGGAAUUGGUGCUGCUGUAGCAGCAGCGCUAUCCCGUGAAGGUGCACAUAUUGCUCUUGCAGCACGCCGAACUGAUGCACUUGAGAACGUCAAGAAGAGCCUUUCCCUCAACGGCGGCAAAGUCAUCAUCCACCAGACGGAUGUUACCAAGAGAUCUGAUGUGGAAUCACUUAUGCGUAUCACCAACGAGAAACUUGGGCCUGUUGAUAUCCUCGUCUCAUGUGCAGGAGUUAUGUAUUUCACCAUGAUGGCCAACGUCCACAAUGAGGACUGGGACCGCACUGUCGACGUAAACUGCAAAGGACUUCUCAACUGUCUCUCCACGACCGUUCCACCCAUGCUGGCCCGCGGUACAGGUCAUAUUGUCGCCAUAUCAUCAGAUGCAGGACGCAAAGUCUUUCCUGGUCUCGGUGUCUACUCGGCUUCUAAAUUCUUCGUUGAAGCUACGCUCCAAGCUCUUCGUGUCGAGACUGCAGGAUCAGGUCUGAGAGUUACAUCGGUACAGCCGGGUAAUGUGGCGACGGAUUUGCUGGGCAUGAGUACGGAUCAAGAGGCGUUGAAGAAAUAUGGGGAGCCGAGUGGUGCAAAGGUACUUGAUGCGGAUGAUGUGGCGAAAAGUAUUGUUUAUGCGCUUGUGCAGCCAGAGCAUGUUGCUGUUAAUGAGGUUAUGAUUGAGCCGAGGGAUGAACCUAUCUAAUAAAUUGUGUCGAUAUCGGCAACAUAUUUGGGAUCGAGGAGUUUCAAAGAUGACGCGCUAUGGGAUAGAUGGCUGGAUGGUUAUGAUUAUGGUUGAUGAUGGAGCGGGGUACAGAAUACUCUUUCUGUAGGUAGACAUCCACCUCAACGCUCUUUCUUUUUUGCUGGAAUUAUGGAGCGCCAUAAUGGGUGCUUGAUAGAGGGUAGAUAAACUUGGCAAUAUAAAUCAGAGUAAACAGAAUCGCCUUGGCAAGAAGAAUCACAACUGAUUGGGGUUGUUCCAAGCGGGAAGUAACUGACCUGUAACAUUGUUCUAGAAAUUUC